AUGUCUAUAACAACUUGCCAGAAGGUUACUCUGAUAUCAUGCUCUGUUCUCUGCGUUUCCCUCUUCCUGCCCAGAAUGCUUUUACCCAGAGGGAAAAAGGAGAUGGGGCACCCUGAGGUUGGACCUGGGUUCUACCCUCCUGUGACGCAGCAGCUGCCCUUGCCAGAGGACCCAGAACGGUGGGCUCUGGACCCUUCUUACUCCAUGACACACAGUGCUGAGGCCAUGGCCAAAGUGAAAGUCAUCGGAAGAGGCAAAAAAUACAACCUGAUGGCCCAAGUGAUACCCAUAUAUGGCUUUGGGAUUUUUCUUUAUAUCUUCUACAUAAUCUAUAAGCUGACAUGUAAAGGGAAGACUACUAAAUCAGGAACCUACACUACAGUACCCAAGGCAAACAUGGAGAAAAAAAUUUUAACCGACGAUGAGCUUGCCAGGCUACAGGAGAGACUACUGCAAACAGAAAAGAUGAUGGAGAGGAUUGUCUCUGCAAAGAGCCGAGGUUCUGGGAGUGGCAGGAGGAGGAGGAGUAAAACUACACCAUCAAAGAAGGAGGAGAAAUUACUCAGGCAACUUAGACAGAUCACACAGCUGAUGCAAGAGGGCCGGUUGGAGGCAGCCUCCCCAGAGAUGGAGGCUGAGGAGGUUCCCUAUGGUGCAGACUGGGAAGGCUACCCGGAGGAAACCUACCCGGUCUACGAUGAUCCCUGUGACAGACGUAGAUUUGACACUGUUGUGCUGGAGGAGCCACCACACCAGCCAACUGCUGAGGCCCUGGCAGAGAGGAUGGAGCAAGAGGAGGAGGAGGAGGAUGAAGAGGAAGUAGAGGAGGAGGAAGGAGAGGAAGAGGAGGAGGAAGAGGAGGAUAAAGAGGACGAAGUGGAGGAAGAUGAGGAGGAGGAGGAGGAAGACGAAGACGAAGAAGAGGAGGCAGAGAAAAGGUACUUGCUCAGUCUUCCUUCAUCCCAGCCUACUGCGGGAAGACAGCGAGAGAGAAUUGGUUUGGAGGUGAGCAAAGAGCUGCAGUGUUACAAUGGAGGGAAGAAGCAAAUAAGCUUCAGUGACCACAGAGAUGUAUUCCACUACCCGAAAGAGGACACUUAUGAAGAGGAGGAAGAAGAGAAGGAAGAUGAGGUGGAGGAAGACGAUGAGGGGACAGAGGUGGAAGAGGAGGAGGAAGCUGAUGAGGAUGAUCCAGUGAUGGAGGCAGAGAGCCUGCAGUUCAGUUGCGAGGGUUGUCCCAACAUGGAGGAAUUAGCAGAGGAGGAUAAUGAAGAGUAUUCUUUGAUGUCAGCGCCUGCGGAGGGUGAUGGUGGGAUCCAUGCAGACAUGCCUAAAGAAGUCGGGGUGAGUGGGCUGAGGAUGCGGAACAGGAGAGAGACGUAA